AUGGCGUUAAAAGGGGUUGUUGAUCAGCUGACGGUUGCAAGGGAGCACGCCACGCUUGGGAACUACGACAGCGCGUUGAUAUAUUACGAUGGGGUCAUUUCGCAAAUAAACAAGCACCUCCAGACCGUGGACGACCCGUACACUCGGUCCAACUGGAUGAGCUGCAAGAAGCAAGUACAGGACGAGCUCGACCUCACCAAGAGUCUCGAAUGCGACCGUCAGGUCUUCAAGGAGCCGGCGGGGUCCGCAGCGUUCUCGUGCAACCCUCGCUACACCAACGGCCACUCUCCCGUUUCUUCCGGCAGGCACCACGACGACUCCUUCGACGCGCCGUUUGGCUCUCAGGAUCCAGAUGUGUGGAGGCCAGCACCGUCCAGGGAUCUCACUUCCCCCACCAAUAACCGCCGUGCGUCCGCUGUCGGCCGCGUAGGCGGGAGAGCAGGCGGCGGUUUCGACAGCGGCAGCAGACAGAGCAGCCGAGGAACCUCUCCUGGGUCGUUUGGCCGGUCGCCUGGGAUGCAGGGAGGUGGCAGUGCGAGUAAAACGACGCCUGGCGGAGUAGCUGGUGUGCGAUCACGCAUAGGGGGAGCGGGGUCGCGUAAUAGCAUAGGUUCGGAUUCACAAGCGUCGAAGCGAGCAGGGGCGGAGAGGUCGGAGCGAGGGGCCGACGCGCGGAACAGGCGAGUGUCCGUGGGAGCUGUGAUCAACAGCGCUGUUGGCAAGCCCAGGGAACAUAAAGGCCCGCCCAGCGACCCACCGUCGGAGGAGGAGGGCAAGGAGGUGAUACCGCGCAAGCCACGGUUUGAGGGGUCGGACCCCGAGCUGGUGGCCAUGCUGGAGAGGGACGUGCUGGAGUCGUCGCCUGGCGUGCGCUGGGGGGACAUUGCCGGCCUGACUGAAGCCAAGCGACUGCUGGAAGAGGCUGUUGUGCUGCCGCUGCUCAUGCCCGACUACUUCCAGGGCAUUCGGAGGCCGUGGAAGGGGGUGCUGAUGUUUGGCCCGCCAGGCACGGGCAAGACACUGCUGGCCAAGGCGGUGGCGACAGAGUGUGGCACCACCUUCUUCAACGUCUCCUCCGCCACGCUCGCGUCCAAGUGGAGGGGCGAGAGCGAGCGCAUGGUGCGCUGCCUCUUUGAGAUGGCCCGCGCUUACGCCCCCUCCACAGUGUUCAUUGAUGAGAUUGAUUCGCUCUGCACGUCACGAGGUGCGGCGGGCGAGCAUGAGUCGUCUCGGCGGGUGAAGUCAGAGCUGCUGGUGCAGAUUGACGGCAUGAACAAUGCCGCAUCACCGGAUGGCGAGCGCAAGAUUGUCAUGGUGCUCGCCGCCACCAACUUCCCAUGGGACCUCGAUGAGGCGCUGCGCCGUCGGCUGGAGAAGCGAAUCUACAUCCCUCUGCCACCGCAUGACAGUCGAGCUGCCCUUAUGAACAUCAACCUGCGCUCCCUUGAGCUGGCUUCGGAUGUGGACGUGGAUGAGCUGGCAAAGCGUACGGAUGGCUACAGUGGCGACGACAUCACCAACAUAUGCAGGGAUGCAUCAAUGAACGGAAUGAGGCGGAAGAUAGCAGGCAAGACACCAGAGGAGAUUCGUAGCAUGACACGGGAGGACAUGAAUGAGCCGGUGACCAUGGCUGACUUCGAGGUUGCACUCAGGAAAAUCCAACCUAGUGUUGCCUCUGGGGACAUUGAGCGGCAUGAGCGUUGGCACGCAGAGACAUCUGCGCUGCGAUCCGCCGCUCUCAAGGGCGCGAGCCUACUUCUCGGCUCCCGCGCCCAGCCCCGCCUCUCGCCCGCCAUCCACGCCGCCGCCGCCGCCGCCACCGCACCCGCGCGCAACAUCACGUCCGUCGCCGCCGCCUCCAUCCCCGCGGCGUCGGACGAGACCCCCAUCCCGGUCGACAUCGCAGUGCCGUUCAAGGGCCACCGCAUCGAGCCGCCCUCCACGGCCGUGACGACGACGCCUAAGGAGCUGAUUAAGUUCUUCUUCGACAUGUUCCUCAUGCGGCGCCUCGAGAUCUCCUCGGAUUCACUGUACAAGGCGAAGCUGAUCCGCGGGUUCUGCCACCUGUACGACGGGCAGGAGGCGGUGUGCGUGGGCAUGGAGGCAGGCCUCACAUACGACGAUUGCAUCAUCACGAGCUAUCGCGAUCACUGCACGCACAUCGGCCGCGGCGGCACCGUGCUGGAGGUGAUCGCGGAGCUCAUGGGGCGCGUCGCGGGGUGCAGCAAGGGCAAGGGCGGCUCCAUGCACAUGUACAACAAGGCGAAUAAUUUCUACGGCGGGAACGGUAUCGUCGGCGCGCAGACGCCGCUGGGAGCGGGGCUGGCGUUCGGGCAGAAGUACAGCAACGUGCCGGGCGUGACUCUGUCCUUGUACGGUGACGGCGCCGCGAACCAGGGCCAGCUGUUCGAGGCCAUGAACAUCGCGGCGCUGUGGGACCUGCCCGUGAUCUUCGUCUGCGAGAACAACCACUACGGCAUGGGUACUGCGGAGUGGCGCGCCGCCAAGAGCCCCGAGUUCUACUGCCGCGGCGACUACGUCCCCGGCCUUAAGGUGGACGGCAUGGACGCGCUCGCCGUGAAGCAAGCCGUGUCGUACGCCAAGGCACACGCGCUCAAGAACGGGCCCGUCGUGCUGGAGAUGGACACGUACCGGUACCACGGGCACUCCAUGUCGGACCCGGGCAGCACGUACCGCACGCGUGAGGAGAUCUCGGGCGUGCGGCAGGAGCGCGACCCCAUCGAGCGCAUCCGCAAGCUGCUGCUCGCCAAGGAGGUCGUCACCACCGCCGAGCUCAAGUCUUUGGAGAAGGAGGCCAAGGCACUCGUGGAGGCAGACAUUGAGAAGGCCAAGGCGUCGCCCUUCCCUGACCCCAAGGAGCUUUUCACAGAGACCUUCGUCAACCCCAAGGGCACCGAGUUCUAUGGUGCUGACCGGUGUAUCGGCCUCGCUGCGGGUGCGAUAGCCGUGAAGUCUAUGAUGGAUAACGAGGCUUCCAUGGCUCCUCCAAUGAACCCUUGCGCAACUUGCCACGGCACGAGGAAGAUCCCGUGCAUGUGCAACAAAUGGUCGGACGGAGAUGUGGGUUGCGGUACAUGCCACGGGUCUGGGCGGAUGCAGUGCAGCAGCUGUGGAGGCUCCGGUAAAGGACGGCCGGCUCAGGCUCGCAUCACAGUGCGGAGUUCGUCUAAAUACUAG